AUGUCUCACAAUACAAACAACACUAUUUACAAUAUCUCCAAUGUCCAGCAAGUCUUGAUCAAUUCGCCUUUAGAAGGAAUCAAGAUGCUUCCUUUAAAUACAACAAUAUCAGUUAAAGCUAUUUUUGGAGAAACAAGAAAAUGUCACCGUGCUGGAAAAUAUGAAUCUCAAUGCCAGACACACGUUGCUCAAAAGGACACAAAGACAUGUUCUUGUACAGCUGCUCUGCAGAUUAAGCAGUACAUUAGCAACUGUAAUGUUGUCACUUUCUGCCAAACAAGAGCUCAUGUCUACCAUGUUCCCAGUGAGAAAAAGGAAAUCCGAACACUUCCUUUGCCUUCUGAGGCAAUUAGAAUAAUUGAAGAACAGUUGAAAAGUGGCAGCAGCUGUAGAAGUACCAGAAUUUCUGUGUUGAGACAGAUCGAUGAUUGA